CACGUGAAUGUACUGUUUUUGUUCCAGCGUUGCCACUAUCCCCUAAGCUGGACAUUCUCACUGGAUUUCCACUUUCUCGCAUUUAUCAGCCCUUUUUAGGUGAGGCCAUUCUAAAAUGCUAUCUCUUCGUAACAAGCAACAUUAAUAAUUAUCAAAAACAAUUGAGACAAGCAACUGUUUCAUAACGUUUGUCAUUUCACUGAGAUGUUUUUAACAAUUUUCUAUAUGAUUGCAACUUGGAUGCAGUCAUGGAGGUUGUCAUCCUUAAGAGCACGUUUCCAAUCAAUUUUACAAGAUUCUGAAACAUUAAAGCCGUCUAUAAUGUUUUAUAAUCCAAAUAAAUCAUUAGUUAAAAAUGGUGAUGCUAACCAUGUCAAUAUAUUAAGCUCUCAUUUAUGUUGUAAUAGUAUUGAUGGAAAAUUGGGAGAUCUUAUUUGGUACCAAGGAAACCAACAAUUAUAUACAAUAUAUCCUCAACAAAAAGUGGACGUAUCAGACUGGUUGUUAUUUCCACGUGGAAAAACUAUAUUUCCAUUAUUCUCUCAUAAUAAUGCACAAACGUCUCUAUUACAAAAUGCCAAAAUUUAUCUGCUCAUUGAAACAGAAUUGCAAUAUUAUCAAUAUGGAUCUGUGACAGCUACAAAGCUUGAAGAUUACGGUUUAAUCAUUACCUGGAUAACUGACAAUAAUUUUGGUGUAAUACUUGAGACAGAUUUGGAUCAUAUUACAAGAUUUUUUACUACAAUUAUGCAAGGACAACUCUUCAUAAAUAAUGGAUUGUAUAUAAAUCGUGUCGCAUGUAAAUAUCUUAUGUUUACUAAAAAUUUUCUUCUUUAUCAUCUUGUAACAAUUAUAAAGAUAAUUAGCUGUUCACAAUGGCCUUCGUAUGUUAAUAAAUUAAAGCAAAUCAGUCAAAUGGCAAAAUCUAUGUCUCAACAACUUCCAGAAAAAAUAAAUGAAACUCGUGGUAUGGAGUUGAUACUGGAAGAUCCAGCAUCAAUUUUGGAAUUACCGAAAAUAAACGAAAGUACAUUGGCAGAAACAUCGGAGAAUAAUGUUAUAAGCACACCAAUGACAAAUCUUUCAAUAAUGUCUACUGCCGUAAAUAAUACCACAGAUGAAGAACUCUCUCAAGAUUCAAAUCAUUCCAUUAAUUCGACUUUAUUGAAUUCGCCUGGAGAAUUACCAGCUAACUCGAGUCAUUCCGAAUUAAACAAAUUUCCAUUACAAGAGAGUUUGGAAGAAAAUUUUACAGAUAUUGAUAUCACAUCUCGCAGGCAUUCGUUACCAGAUAAUAACGAGAUUGGUGAUAAUAACGAGAUUGGUGAUAAUAAUGCCAAAAGACCGAAUAUUCUGAUAUGCGCCGACAGUGCAAUUGUAAAUGAUAAUGUUUGUAGUGUGCUCCGAACAACUUUAAAAGAAAAUAAAUACGCAAUCUAUCCAUUAUCAAUGCAAGAUGCCCAAAAGGACAUGUGGAUGGAACAAACAAAUUUGAUAAUUGUAUGUGGUAAUGUUGAACCGGACGUUGCGUCGCAAGUGGUGGAGUUCAUCGUUCGCGGAGGAAAGCUUUUAGCUCUUUGUUCUGAUAUUUUAAAGAUUUUCAUUCCAGCAUUUAAAACUGCGGAAAUACGAGAGAACGAAUUGGUUCGUUUUUCAUAUGGAAAAUGGAAAUAUGUGUGUCUCCUGCACCAUAUUUUUUGCUAUCAAGCAUCGCCCGUGAAAACAAAAUUUUCCCAAGAUUUAGAGGAAUCAAAUUUCUCUAGACCACCAGCAUCGCCAAUUCCAGUCUCAACAAAUAUAUGCGAUCAGUCAGGCAAGAAACACACUUUCGACCUAAAGAUUCUUGGCUCGGAAGAAACCUGGCAUACGCCCUGUAUUCUCUUUGCAAAUCAAUUGGAAAGCGGUGGCCAAGCCGUAUUCUCCCAAAUCCAUUUGGAAGUUGAUCCUUACCAGUACGAGUUUGAGGAAAAUAAAUUUACGACACUCAAGGACAGCAACGCAACACGAUUAGAAAUAUUCAGCGAUAUUCUCAGUACUCACCUGGGCAUUGAAGUUGAUUCGCAGCCAAAGAUGAACUAUACAUAUAGUUCGGGAUUUUUUCUGGGAAGACACGAGCUAAAGUUGGAAAUGAUGCAACGAUUGAAGGACAUACUCCAUCCAAAUGAUGUUUUAAAAACAUCGAAAUUAGAGAUACAAUUUUGCAAUACUUCCGCAAUUACAAAACCUGCAUCGUCUGCUUUUCUCCCUGUUUUUAUACACAGAUGUCCGGAGAAUUUUUCAACUGUAACAUAUUUUGAGAAUCUCAAUACUAAGGAAAUUGGACGUUUGGUCAUUUAUGCGGAUGUCAUGACAUCAUCUAAUUACGUUGUUAAUGGAUUGGCUUUACAUCAUGGCUUAGCUGUUAUACCAUACCAACAAACUAAAGGUCAAGGACGAGGUGAUAACGUGUGGCUGAGCCCAAAAGGUUGCGCUAUGUUUACAUUGCAACUCCACAUUCCAAUAAGAUCUGUGCUCGGAGAUAAAAUAUCACUUAUACAAUAUUUAACAAGUUUAGCUAUAAUCACCGCCGUAAAAUUAAAACCAGGUUAUCAGGACAUCAAUAUGAAGAUAAAAUGGCCUAACGAUAUCUAUACCGGAAAUACUAAAAUUGGUGGAAUACUUGUUACAUCAUUUAUUCAGUCGUCCAAUAUUAUUUGUAAUAUAGGAGUGGGCAUUAAUCUUUCUAAUACUUCACCGACAACUUGCAUUAACGAUAUAAUUACCAAGUACAACGAGAGUUCAAAAUUGAAGUUACAGCAGUUGCCAUAUGAAGAAUUUCUAGCUCGUGUAUUUAGUGAAAUAGAAAGUUUGCUAAAUAUUGUACAAAACGGCAAUCUUGAUCAUAUGUAUGAUCAAUACUACAAAAAUUGGAUGCAUACAAAUGCUGAAAUCACAGUGAUACUUCCAGAUAAUUCAUCACAGAAAGUGAAAAUAUUGGGUAUUGACCAUUAUGGAUUCUUAGAAGUUAAAGGAACCAACGGGAAGAAAUUUACAGUACAUCCCGAUGGAAAUAGCUUUGAUAUUUUAAAGGGCCUCGUCGUUCCUAAAUAUUAACGUAAAUAAA